GCAAUAAAUUCGGAAAAGUGAGGCGAGUAAAAGUGAAAUUGACAUACGCUGUGCAACUGUGAGACGGCGACGUUGAUGAAAAAGAUCCUCAGUGCUUCAAAGACAGUUAAAAAGCGCAUACGAGUAAACAGUGUUGCAUAGUUAAUAUACUAUACAUUACGUAUAAACAGUAAAUAAUAACCAUGGGCAGCUGCUGUUCAAAGGAUCCGGAUUCGCAGACCUCCUGGAGUCCUUCGGAGACCAAAAAUGCGAGCACAACGUCGACAAUUGUUGCGCAGCCAACGAACGAUAGUACUUCGGCUGGAGUGUUUACGAGCACGUUAGUUGUGCCGGCUGACGCAGAAGGCAUGAGCUCGGAGACAACGACAACAACUAUUAUAAAGACAACAAAAGUCACAGAGACUGUGACGACCUCGGAGGAAUGAAUGCUGAUAACGCCACUACGAGUGGCUGCAGGAAACGAGUGAAUAACGACCAAAUAAUAAAAGCAUUUAGUAUUAAUUUAUACACAAUUAAGUAACACAUGUAUACCUACAGACAUAUUAUAUGUACAUAUGUAUAUAUACGUAUAUAAGCACAGAGUUGGAACGAACCCAGUUGAAGAAAGUACACAGUACAAUUAAAUAUCUACCAUACCAUGAAAAAUAUUGUAGAAGACGAGCUCAUUGUAAAUAGAUUUUUUAAUGCGUGCAAUAAAAAGUAGUUUUCGAUAAAAUUGUAAAAUUCUUCACUUUCCGAUAUCUAAUUCUAGAUUCCAGUACGAGUCAUAUUUCCCUAAAUCUCAAACUUUUUGAUGAACACCCGAAACCAAGUAAUUAACUGUGGAAUGUGGAAGGGGGGCAAGCUUUGGCCGUCGAAAGUUGAAACGCAUUUAAUUAAUCGGGCAGUGCAUCGUUAAGUGCAGCGUAAAAGCGUUGAGCGAGAAAAAGAAAACACAGUUCAUUCUUAUUGUUAGCUGGCUCAGCAGUCAAGAUCAACAUUGCGAGCCUGCUGCCUGCCCUGCACCGCCCUUAAAACGCGCGUCGCCGCUGCCCAUCCAGUUCUAAUCAGCCGAUGCGCGCCGCUUUAAUAAGCGCUCGUAUAAUCGUCAAUCAGUUUAGUUCAAAUACCCGUCGCGACAACAACAUCCCUCUCAGAAUCAGAAUACAACGCGCACAACAGUUCUCAUAUUAUUCAAAUUUUAAUUUAAUUCAAUAAAAAAUAAAUUUAAAUUCAAUUUUGCACCGCAACGUGUAUCGAUUGAGCGAGUUGUUUUCCAACGCUUGUCGCGCUUUUGCUACAAAUUAUUCGUGAAAUUGAUUAGUUGUUGAUUUUGUUGGUGGUGCGCGCGUGACAUAUGGCGCAGAUUUUGAUCUCGAUAUUGGCUGCCGUGGUGGCGAUUAGCAGUUUUGCCCAAGGCUUCGUGCUGCCACACUACGCACAGAUCAUGGGCAUCGAUUACGAGUACGCCGAGGAGACGCCGGCAGCGCCCACCCCAACGCCCAGCUACAUAAUGCGCAUCGCACAGUCCAAUGAAUUGGGCGAACCCGGUGUGGCCGAGGUCACCAAAUUCAUCGACGCCGACGCCGCUGCGCCAACCAAUCAACCAGACAGCGCGAAGCCUGCUACAAACGACAGACCGAAGGUGAUAAAUAAGAAGAGCACAGCGGAUACGACAAGCACAGAGCAGCGGCGGCAGGGCAAGACGCUGACCUAUACAGAACUCGACAAACUGCUGGCCAAUUGGCAAAUGGAUAAGGAGCGCAAUGCUUACGAAAUGCAGGCCAACAAACAGUACGGACUCAAUGCGCGCCACUACUGACGGGGAUCAAGAAAUUUUUGUUUGUUUAUGUUUGGGGAAAAUGUUGUUGUUUUAGUGCCUAGGUACUCGUAUGCAUGUUGGCGAACGGUAUUAAACCGACUGUUGCUUGAAGUGUGUUGCUGAUAACGGAAUGUAAUGCGCAUUGCCAUUACUAAACGAAGAGGAACGGGUUUCGGUUGUCUAAAAUCAAUAUUUGCGUUUGAUAAUUAUUUUUUUUUAAGCCAUUUUGUUAAUAAAAAUGAUCUGCUGAUUGUACCAUAACGGCGAAGGCCAAGGUUCAAACGCAUUAACUGUGUCAGCUUAUAAAUAUUAGUUUAGUUAGAUUUAUCUCUUCCAAAUGCCUUGUAAUCUUUAUCAGAAUAAAAUAAUCUACAAAAGCUGCUAUUAAACGGCCGAGUACACAAAUAAAGUAAA